UGUUCUCAGUUCCAGCCGCGGCAUUCACGGCACCACAAGCGCGCCUCCGCCGAAAAGCGAACAGCCAACCACCAACUACCAACUACCAACAGUCGACGGCCAGAAUUCCAUUAACGAACCACUCCGAAACUGCAGUUGGAGUUAGCAGUCAACCAUAACCAAGGGCUGGUCAAUGCAAUGUGCUUAUUAAAAACAGUAAUUAACCAGUAAAACGUAAAUAGUAAAUAACGAAUAACAAUUCACAAAACGAGAAAGCCAAAAGCUAAAACCGGGCAGAGAAGAUGGAGUUGAAAGGCAUUCAGCCGCAGAAUGGAACCUCAAAUGAAGUCGCCAACGGAUCACCGGAAAAGAAAGAUGCCGAGAAACAGACGGUGGAGCGAACCAAUUGGGGCAAUGGACUGGAGUUCCUCAUGUCCUGCAUCUCGGUGUCCGUGGGAUUGGGAAAUGUCUGGAGGUUCCCGUUUACGGCCUACGAAAAUGGAGGCGGCGCCUUUCUCAUUCCCUACAUCAUUGUGCUCUUUUUAAUCGGCAAACCAAUGUACUAUCUGGAAAUGAUCAUGGGACAGUUUACGAGUCAGGGAACGGUGAAGAUCUGGUCAGUGGUGCCGGGCUUUGUGGGCGUGGGCUAUGGCCAGGCCUUCGGCACCAUCUGCAUCAUCUCGUACUACUCCUCGCUGUUGGCCCUAACCCUCUACUACCUGUUCGUGUCCUUCCAAUCGGAACUGCCGUGGUCCUACUGCCGCGACGAGUGGACCAACUGUGUGGACUCCAGACCCGCUGACUACUCGGCAAAUCUCUUUUCUGGCAUGUCGUUGGCCAACGCAUCGGCCAGGAAUUUCAGCAGCGUUAGUGUUUUGGCCGACAACAGCACCAAACUGCAAAGCAGCUCCGAACUCUACUUUUUAGAUGUAGUGAUCAAGGAGAAGCUGGACAUCUCGGACGGUGUGGGUGACCCCGACUGGAAGCUGACCCUGGCGCUAUUCGUCGCCUGGGUGGUCAUCUUUUUGGUGAUCAUGCGGGGAGUGAAGAGCUCCGGCAAGGCGGCCUACUUCCUGGCUCUGUUCCCGUACGUGGUGCUCUUCGUCCUGCUGAUCAGGGCGGUGACCCUCGAGGGAGCCAAGGACGGCAUCCUCUUCUUCCUGGAGCCGCAGUGGGGCGAGCUGCUCAAUCCCACCGUUUGGAAGGAGGCGGUGGUGCAGUGCUUCUUCUCGCUGGCCGUCGGCUCGGGACCCAUCAUCAUGUUCGCCUCGUACAAUCGAUUCGAUCACGGCAUCUACAGGGACGCCAUGAUUGUGACGACUUUGGACACGUUGACCAGCUUGCUGGGCGGCAUUACGAUAUUCGCCAUCCUGGGCAAUCUGGCCCACAAUCUGCAGAUCGAGAACAUCCAGGAUGUGGUGCGGAGUGGCACGGGCUUGGCCUUCAUCUCGUAUCCGGAUGCCAUAUCCAAGUUCCAGGCGGUUCCGCAGCUCUUCUCCAUCCUGUUCUUCUUCAUGCUGUUCGUCCUGGGAAUCGGAUCGAUUGUGGCCCUGCAGAGCACCAUUGUGACCAUCAUCUGCGAUCAGUUCAAGGGAUUCAAGUACUGGAAGGUGGCGCUGACCACCUCCGUCUGUGGGUUCCUAAUGGGAUUGGUCUACGUGACGCCGGGAGGACAAUGGAUCCUCACUCUGGUGGACUUUUAUGGCGGAACCUAUGUGGUCUUCAUUCUGGCCAUUUUCGAGCUGGCUGGAAUCGUUUGGGUUUAUGGACUGCAAAACUUCUGCGACGACAUUGAGUUCAUGUGCAAUCGUCGGGUUUCACUGUACUGGCGAGUGUGCUGGUCCUUCUUUACGCCAGUUAUGAUGAUCAUUAUAUUCAUUUACUCGAUGGCCACCAUCGAACCGAUUAAAUACAGCGAAUUGUAUUUCCCCGAAGCCGCCAAUGUUUGCGGAUGGUUGCUUUUCGCCAUUGGAGCUGCCCAGUUUCCACUGUGGGGUAUUUGGUACAUUUCCCGUCAUCCACAAGGCACUCUUUGGAAUUCCUUUAAGGCCUCGAUGAAACCCAGCGACCGUUGGGGCCCUGCGAAUCCAGACACCAGACGCGAAUGGGUAAUCUUCAAGAAUCAGAAGGCCGCGCAAAGAGCCGUCCACAAAGAGACGUCCAAACUUGGAUUCUUCUGGCGAAAACUGACCAAUUUCUGCGGCAGCAACAAAUAGUGGGUGGAAAGAAGGAGAGAGCGGGGAGCCUAGGUGCGGAUAUCGUGGGGAUAUCAGAGAUUACGACUAACCAUAACCACUUGUUAUUUAUAUACGCCAUUUUGUCAGCCUCUAUGAAGCCAUCACAAUUGCGAAGCAAUCCUUCGACCGAAUAUAUCGCAUAUAUCAAUAAAUAAAUACCUUUUUUUUGUUAUUCUAUGUACAAACUUCAUUUCUUAAUGUGAUAAUAUUGAGCAGAACUAAAUAAAUUAUUGUUAUCGAAGCAA